AUGUCUUUCCUCACCAGAGUCCAGCCAAUGCUCCGCACCCGUGGCUUCGCGGCCGUCGCUCCAAGAGCUUUCUCGACCUCGUUCGUCGUGCGCAAGAGUGCUACCGAGGCGGUUAAGGAUACCGUGAAGGGUGUUGAUCGUGCGGUUUCGGAUAAGAUUGUUGAUGGCAUUGAGGUUGGUCAAACCGCAACUCAAAAAGUCAAAGAGGCCGCCGGCAUGUCAACAAACGAGAUGAAGGCCAAGGCGAACGAGGUAGCCGGUGAGGCCAAGGAGAAGGCCGGCGAGAUGAGCGGAAAGGCGUCGGAGUUGUCGGGCGAGGCGAAGGGAAAGGCGGCGGAGCUGAAGGGGGAGGCGGUGGGAAAGAAGGAGGAGAUUAAGGGGAAGAUGUAG